AUGGUUUUCAUCCAUGGGGGUGCUUUCUUCUUCGGUAUGGGCUCGAUGCCUGAGUACUUUGGACAACCCAUCUCAACUGUUGGUGACGUCAUCUACGUUUCGAUCAACUACCGUCUGGGGCCGUUUGGUUUCCUGACGACAGGUGAUUCUGAGGCACCAGGUAAUGUCGGUUUGAUGGACCAAUCGUUGGCGCUCAAAUGGGUGAAAAAUAACAUUGCACGUUUUGGCGGGGAUGCAGAUAAGAUAACCAUAUUUGGCGAAAGUGCGGGCGCCGCCAGUGUCAGCUUCCACUUAGUGUCGAAACAAAGUGUUGGUCUUUUCAAUCAAGCCAUCAUGCAGAGUGGUACCUCGACGUCUUUCUUUGCGUACCAACGUUCCAUGGACUACGCCAAGAAUCAAGCGCGUGACGUUGCAGUGGAGGCGGGCUGCCCGACCGUUACAACGGCAACAAUGAUUUCCUGCUUACAAAAAAUAUCAUCGAGACAACUAAAGAUAUCUGCUUAUAAGGUUGAUAUGGCAUACCUCCCUGUGGUGGAUGGUUUCUUUCUUCACGACAAACCAGAGAACAUCAUCGCCAGCGGUGACUUCCAGAAAGUUGACAUCUUGAUAGGUUCGAUGAAAGACGAGGGAACCCUUGCAGCCCUGGUGCUGGAUCUGCUCCCUAACUACCUCUCAAAGACAGCGCCCCCUAUGAACAAACUAGAGUUUCUUGAUACCUAUCCUGACUGGGUGCACACAUACGGGGAUGUCCGCAAUAACAACGCCCUCAAACAGGCCAUCGAGACCCGUUACAUAACCCCCGCGAAUCCGAGCUCGGACUUCCUUCAGAGUUUCGCUCAGAUCGUGACUGACUACACGUGGCUUGCUCCGAUUGAUCAGACGGUGAGGGCGCACUUGAACGCCAGCACUAAGGUCUUCAUGUACGAGAUGACACAAGUGGCGACUGUGUCUAUAUACCACGUGUUCAUGUUUGGACCAAAUUGGAUGGGUGCAGCCCAUGCUGAUGAUAUCCCGUUUAUGUUCGGGAAUUCCUGGAUUCCUGAAGUAUUCUAUAAGAGCGGUAAACCAAAGCCAGAGGAGAGGAUGCUUUCAAACACUAUGAUGAAAUAUUGGACCAACUUUGCCAAAACAGGUGACCCCAGCGGUGAUGGUAUUGUGCCUCACUGGCCAGAGUUUACCCUAGAAAAGAUGGAGUACAAGGAGCUAUCACCGUACCUGCCAACCAAGAGCGGGGGAGUCCGUCAAGAGUAUGCAAAGUUCUGGAACGAGGAUGCUCGCAACCUGACGUCAGAUGAUGCAGACUCUUUCUUCUCGAGUAGAGGUAUAGAGGCGCUCAUCCAAGCUGGUACUAUAGUGGAACAAUUCAAAUCGUCCUAUGAUUAAACAAGAAGCACACACGACUAUGUAGUGGAACGACCCUCGAAAUGGAUCGUGUCAUCUCGAGAAUUACUCCAUAAAAAGAACAACCAAAAUGAAGGGUUAAUAUCCAUUAACUAUAGAAUGUCUUCAGUUGGGAAAUCCUCCAGUUAAGAAUCUACCCAACUAAGAAUCAUUCCAAUUGAGGAUUCCCCACAUUGAUUGUAAGUCCUCAAUACUUUACGAAAUUCUAUAAUGUGAGCAAUAAUUGUCCAUAUUCAUGUUACCCCAGCGGUGUCUAUUUUUUUCCUAUGAAGAGUUUAAUAUACCCAAUUCAGAACCUGUCUAUUUACAAUAUUUUCAAUAACCAUUAAGUCCAGGCUUUCAGUCUUCAAAUGACUUAAUAAAGUGAGAGAAAAGUCAAAACCAAAAGAUUAAUACAGAAACUUCACAGCGCCCUCUGUUGAAAUGAUUCCAGGGUUAAUUUAGUUAACUGUUCAAGGGUUUUGAAGCCUUUAGUAGAUCAAGUUUUUGGUCAUGAGAAGAAUGCUUAUUAACUGUGAAUGAAGAUU